UCUUUUCUACUCUAGGCACAAGGCCCGAAAUUUUGGGGGAGGAGGAUUAAGUCAAUUAGAUCGAUCGCAGUACACAACUGGUACUUAAUUUAUCGAACCCGAAAAGAUGAAAGGCAAAGUUGAUCUCAGCAGAAUUUGUACUCAGAACGUAAAGACAGACAAAAUACUGCUAAGCAUUUCGCCCGGCGUAUUAACGUUUCUGCCAGCUCGCCGCCUUAUAAUAAUAAUAGCUACAGCCAUAAAGUAACACGGUUUUUAUAUUAAUAUGAAACUAAUACUUAUUCUCUUUGGUUAUCGCCCUUGUUCCUGUUACUUCCGGAAGCCACAUCCGUAAAUUGGAAGAUGGCGUCCACCUUCGGAGACGAUCUUUUCGAUAUAUUUGAGUCGAAAGCCGAGAAUUCUAAAGUAACUGAUAAAAAAAAUGAAGAAGAGAAAAUAUCGGUUGAGGAUACACAAAGGGCUGAGGAUUUACUCAGGAGUAUCGUUAAAAAGCGAGAGAUUGACAACCCUGAUGUAAUUAGUUCCAAGAAAUUAAAAGCUGACCAUGAGGAUCUUGCUGCAGCUGCAGAAGUUAUGCCUCGUAUCCAGGUCCACAAAGUUGAGACUUUGGAGUCUUGCACACAUGAGGUUGCUCUACCUCCUGAUGAAGAAUUUGUUCCUUUGAAACCUCCCCCUGAAAAACCUGCUCAGGAAUUUCCUUUUAUUCUUGAUCCAUUCCAAAAGGAAGCACUUUUAUGUUUAGAAAACAACCAGUCUGUAUUGGUAUCUGCACACACAUCAGCUGGCAAAACAGUUGUUGCUGUCUAUGCCAUUGCAAUGUCGCUCCAAAAGAAGCAGCGUGUUAUAUACACAUCUCCUAUUAAAGCAUUAAGCAACCAGAAAUAUCGAGAAUUGUUUGAAGAGUUUCAAGAUGUUGGUUUGAUGACCGGAGAUGUAACUAUCAACCCAACUGCUAGUUGUUUAGUCAUGACAACUGAAAUUUUGAGAAGUAUGUUAUAUCGAGGAUCAGAGAUCAUGAGAGAAGUUGCUUGGGUGAUAUUUGAUGAGAUUCAUUAUAUGAGAGAUAAAGAACGAGGUGUUGUUUGGGAAGAAACCAUUAUCCUCCUUCCUGAUAAUGUACACUAUGUAUUUCUAUCAGCCACUAUCCCUAAUGCACGACAAUUUGCUGAGUGGAUAUGUCAUCUUCAUAACCAGCCAUGUCAUGUUGUUUACACUGAUUAUCGACCAACACCAUUGCAACAUUACAUCUUUCCUGCAGGUGGUGAUGGCAUUCAUUUAGUGGUAGAUGAGAAUGGAGAAUUUAGAGAAGAGAAUUUUGCAACUGCCAUGCAAGUUUUACAAGAAGCUGGAGGAAACGCUCGAGGAGAUAUGGGACUUCGUGGAAGGAAAGGCAGUGUCAGAGAUAAUUCCAACUGCUACAAAAUUGUGAAGAUGAUUAUGGAAAGAAACUUUGCUCCUGUAAUUGUGUUUAGUUUUAGCAAGAAGGAUUGUGAAGCUUACGCUCUCCAACUGACCAAACUGGAUUUUAACUCUGCUGAGGAAAAAAAUUUAGUUGUGGAAGUGUUCAAUAAUGCCAUUGACAGUUUGUCGGACAGUGACAAGAAAUUGCCACAGGUUGAAAAUGUACUUCCUUUACUUAAAAAGGGAAUUGGAAUCCAUCAUGGUGGUUUACUUCCUCUUUUGAAGGAGACCAUUGAGAUACUUUUUGCUGAAGGUCUCAUCAAGGCUCUGUUUGCUACAGAAACAUUUGCCAUGGGUCUUAAUAUGCCUGCCAGGACAGUUUUAUUCACCUCUGCUCGUAAGUUUGAUGGUAAAGAUUUUAGAUGGAUAACAUCUGGUGAAUAUAUUCAAAUGAGUGGUCGUGCUGGACGUCGUGGAAUUGAUGACCGUGGUAUUGUCAUCUUGAUGGUUGAUGAGAAAAUGAGUCCUAUGGCUGCUAAAAAUAUUGUUCAAGGAGAAGCUGAUCCCUUGAAUAGUGCCUUUCAUCUAACGUACAACAUGGUCCUGAAUUUGUUGAGAGUCGAAGAAAUUAAUCCUGAAUAUAUGUUGGAACGAUCCUUCUACCAGUUCCAAAACUAUGCCACCAUACCACAACUUCUUGAAAAUAUUCGGAAACGAGAAAAAGAUCACACUAACCUGAAAAUUCCAAAUGAAGAGCAGAUAGCAACUUACUAUAAGAUUAGGCAGCAGCUUGAUGCCCUUGCUGUUGAGUUCCAAGGAUAUAUCACAAAACCACAAAACAUAUUGCAGUUUUUACAGCCAGGCCGUUUGAUUAAAGUAAAGAAUACUGAUGAUGAUUUUGGUUGGGGAGUUGUUGUCAAUGUCCAGAAAAAGGCUGAUCAAAGCAAGUUGGAAUCAGAUGUUCAGUACGUUUGUGAAGUCCUUCUCCAUUUAAGUCCAGAAUCUGCUCAUACUCAUAGCAGCUUAUCCAUUAAACCAUGUCCUCCUGGACAGAAAGGAGAGAUGCAGGUUGUACCUAUUCUCAUUCAUUUGAUAUCUUCAAUAAGUUCCGUACGCUUAUAUGUUCCUAAAGACUUGCGGUCACUGGACAGCAGGCAGAGCAUCCUAAAAUCAGUUCAGGUACUCCACAUUUCAUAUUUUUGUCCCUUUCAGAAAAUUGAAGCUUUUGAACACCGUAUGUAUUCCCAUCCUCUUCAUAAAGACCCAAAACUGGAAGAAUAUUAUUCACUGUAUGAAAGAAAAGCUAAGCUUGGACAAGAAAUUAAAAAAAUCAAACUUGAAAUGAAGAAAAAGAAGUCAUUACUGCAAAUGGAUGAGUUGAAAUGCCGGAAACGUGUGUUGAGGCGACUUGGUUAUGCAACACCUUCAGAUGUUAUUGAAAUGAAAGGCAGAGUUGCUUGUGAAAUUGACAGUGGUCAAGAACUUCUUCUUACUGAGUUGAUUUUCCAUGGAGUUUUCACUGACCUCACUGUCCAACAGAGUUGUGCCCUCCUCAGUUGUUUUGUCUGCCAAGAAAAAGCAUCAGAAACUCCCAAAUUGACAGAAACACUUCGUGGGCCAUUAAGAAUCAUGCAGGAAACUGCCAGAAGAAUUGCCCGAGUGAGCAAAGAAGCCAAGAUAGAGAUGGAUGAAGAAACUUAUGUUGAUUCUUUCAAACCCCAUAUGAUGGAUGUUGUGAAUGCUUGGUGCAAUGGUGCUGAGUUUGCUCAAAUUUGUAAAAUGACUGAUAUAUUUGAAGGAAGUGUUAUAAGAAUCAUGCGGCGAUUAGAGGAAAUGUUGAGACAAAUGUGUCAAGCAUCAAAAGCUAUUGGAAAUACAGAACUUGAAAGUAAAUUUUCAGAAGGGAUCAGGAAAAUAAAAAGAGAUAUUGUAUUUGCAGCCAGUUUGUACCUAUAGUACCUUUCUUUUCCUGUCACAUCUAAACUGGAAUGAUUUUAUAUUCAUUGUAAAUAACAUUUAUGAAAAGGAAAUUUUUAUUGUUACAUUAAAUCAUACUUUCUACCAUUA